AUGACUGGCGACGACAACAGGAAUCAUCGCCCCGAGCCGGUCCAGACCGACCUCUCGGGUGAUGCGGCUGCUCAAAGACAGAGGAGACCUCGGACGAGCAAGCCAAAGGUCAAGACUGGCUGUAACAAUUGCAAGCAGCGAAGAAUCAAGUGCGAUGAGAAGCGGCCGGCCUGUACUCAGUGCGUUCGAUCAAAGAAGGAAUGCAAGGGAUAUCCACCACCACCAAGGCCCAGGAUCUUCGAGGAGGUUGCGAUUGCGCCGCGGCCAGUCACCAAUAACGUGGCCAUCAUCGCAGCCGCCCCGGCACCAGCUCCUAGCACCAUUGCACCUCGGCGCCCGACUAUAGCCAUUGCGACAAAACCAAAACGGGCAGUUUCACCACCCCAGCAGCGCAUCACGCCGCCGCUCACUCCCAUCAAUCACCCCGAAAGUACUUUCACCUCCUCAUUGAUGGUUCAUCGCCCCAGUGUCAAUUUACCUUUCAACCCACAGGAUGGUUUGUACUUUCAGCUAUUCCGGGAACGCACAGCUGGCGAGCUCUCGGGCUUUUUCGACUCCUCGUUCUGGACGUGCAGCGUGCUGCGAGAAUGCCAUUCGGAAGAGGCUAUUCGCCAUUCGGUUGUUGCACUCGGCGCUCUUUACAAGACUCUAGAAAAGAUGACAGAGUCCCCGCCAGGUUCUCCCUCGGAUCACUUUGACCCGGUCGACCAUGCGCGGCUUCACUGGGAGGUUGCCUUCCGUAAUUAUGACUCGGCUCUGAAAGCCAUUCGCAGCCAGACGUCAUCUGACCACUCCACUCAGAGAACCAGUCUCAUGGCCACUGUGCUCUUGGCAUGUUUCGAUUCAUUCAUCGGAGAUCACAAACAGGCCAUAAGGCAAAUACAGACAGGCUUGGGACUAUUGGAACAGUUGCGGGCUGAGCGCCGCAGGGCGUUUCUGCCAAGGCCCGAAGAGCCAGUCGAGCAGGACCUCAUUCAGAUGUUCACGCGCCUUGCCAUCCAAGCCAAGUCUUAUGACAUGGCAUUCCACUUCCCGCAACCUUUUGUGAUCCGACUCACACCUCAAAACACUGAUCCUACUUCACCCACAUCCGAAGGCGGCUCCCCGGUAUCGACUUUGCAGUCCCCUAUACCCGAAAGCUUUUCAUCGCUUAUUGAGGCUCGACUCGCCUGGGAUGCUCUGUGCGAAAAGAUGCUGAGAUUCACAGAAACCAUGUUCCAAUACACAAGCAGCACCAGUCCUAUGGGUGUCCUACCACGGCAAUUGCAACAAUUUGGUGUAGGCUUCAAGAACGAAAUAGCGUCAUGGGACCAUGCUUUUGAACCAAUCCUCAAUUCGAGGAAUGCUCCGGGGAAGAGCAGUCAGGAGAAAGCCGCCAUAUCUGUCCUGAAAAUGUUCCAAAUCAUGGGACAAAUACUCUUCUUGAUGACGUUUAGCGAUAACGAAUCUUCCUUUGACGCAUUCUUACCACAAUUCAAGAAGAUCGUUAGCCUCGCCGAGGAAGUAGUUGGAGACGAAGAAAGGGAAGCAAUGGCGAAGAGGUGUCCCAACCCUCAAUUUUGCCAGCAUCAGUCUGGACAUCCUGAUAUCUUUGGAGGAGGGGAAUGGACUGCGAAGCACAUCAAACCCAGCUUCAGCGCUGAUCUGGGCAUUGUGCCCCCUCUGUAUCUAGUGGCAACAAAGUGCAGAGAUUCUACGAUACGGAGACAGGCGAUUCAAUUGCUCAUGAGCAGUGCCCGGCGCGAGGGAAUGUGGGACAGUGAGCUCAUAGCCCGCAUCGGCAUGUGGAUCAUGGCCAUUGAAGAGGAAGGAAUGACGCCAGGCGACUCGCCAAGACCAUCGACCAGCUCAACCUCAACGUUCUCGGCAGCAAGCCCAGGGGCCCGAUCGAUUGGAUCCAUCUCCAACGGCUCUCCGACCAAUGGAUACACAGACCUUGAAAGUGACAGACCCCUCGGUCCAGGAGGCAAUGCCCGCUGGAGCAUAGGUCGACGGGAAAGCCUUGCGACUAACGGAAGCAUGGGCCGGAGCAGGACAAUACCAGAAGAGAAGCGCGUCAUGGUCCGGGCCGUUGAGUUUGAUCUUCGUUCACGCACCGCAACCCUCCAAUGCGGCUCCCGAGACUUGACGCCGGGCAUGCAGGAUUUCAAGAAUCGCAUCACUCAGUUCGAUUGGUAA